AUUGAACACCUAUAUAAUGGUCGUGGCUGUUGUUAUUGUACGAUGGUUUUGUUCCGACACGCGCUGCAAGUAUGCACAAUAGCAUGUGUUUCCAUUGCAAUAGAUGGCCAUCUGAUGCUCGCAGUAAACGUGGAAGAUUUCAGAAAUCUAGCCAACAAGUUCCUAGCAAAAGACCUAGCGGAUAGAUUGACUAAUCUCGUCACUGAAAUCUCUCUAAAGAGAAGGAAAGAGAAUCAACAAAGAGUAGAAAAGAUACUGUGGGAUAAAGAGAUACCUAUAAAAGAGCUUGCAAGAACUAAUAAACAAUUAACUGAUACAACUGUAGCAACCGCUGAAAGCACAAAAUACUAUCACUAUAAACCUAAAAGAUUCAAUACAGUAAAAAAUUCUGAUAGUAAAGAAUUGAGGCAAGACAUUUAUAAUACCCCACCAGGACCAGUAUACGUAAGAGAUGAGAUAGAAGAUCUAUUACAGAAUAUUAAUGAAGGUAAUUCGGAUCACGGUACAAAAAAAGUUGUUACUCCUGAAGGGCUAGUUGAGACAGAUUAUAAUAUAGUUUCAAAAGAAGCUACUAGACCAUUGAAUCUAAUGAACAUGUCAAGAGAAAAUAGAAUUGAUUACACAGAAACUAAACUAGGCGAAUGGAAAUACAACCAAGAUAUAUCUAUAGAACCACCUGCGAUCAAAAAUAGCAAAACAGGAAAUGCUAACAGGGAUAUAAAUGAUGAAGGUAGCAUAGAUUAUGAUGACGGUAAAAAAGGGUUAAAUGUGCAAUAUGUGGACGAAACUCGAUUGUUAGGACGUAAGUAUAUGAUAAAAAAAUUUAAUCUACAUUUUGUAAAUAAAUUAAAACAUUGCAUUCUUAUUCUAGGGCACAAAAAAGAUGACAGUCAUACAUUUGAAGAGCAUAUGUUGGGAGAGAAAAAUGAAAUCAACCACGAAAAUACUCCUCCAAAACAAGACGACACAACUAUAUCGCAUGAUAUAAAAGAAGUUAAAAAAGAUUCCGCAAAAUCAAAAAUGUCCUUAAAUGAUUUCCUCAAAGAUAGUCCAGAAGUAAAACGAGAUAAAUCAGAAGAGAAAGAAACUUAUCAAAUACCACCACCAAUGCAACCAAUAGAAAGCAACGACAUGUACGAAAAAUAUGCACUAGGCUCUUCAAUAAAAAGUAAUAACAAGAAAGGUGUCAAUGAUCAGUCAGUGGAGGACGGUACAGAAAAACACAAUCGAGAAACAAAACAAAUACAAAAUGAUGACAACGAUAAAAAUGUAGACAAUCAGUCCGGCAAUAUUGAACACUCAAUAUUAAGGAACAAGAAAAAGUAUCAACAUUUUAAAGUUCCAGAAAAUAGGGAAGAAAGUUCAAAAGCGGUGACACCGGAGCAGAUUUCUACAAAUGGUCUUCUUCUUUAUGACGAAAAUAAAUCAGAGAGCGAUAAAUCAAAACCAGAUGUGUCGAAAAAAAAAUCAAAAAUAGUUAAAAAACCGGUACAUGAUGUAACGUCUACAGAGGAAGCGACGGAGGAAAGCAAGGAAAAGAAGGCAGAUUACGACCCCCACAUAUCGAAAGAAGAAACUGACACACAUGAAAAAUUCGAAUUGGGGUCUCAUAAUAAAAAGAAUAAUAAACGAAAACCUAAACCUAAACAACAAGCUGAGAUCAGUGAUAAAAUUAAUAAACUAAUUAAAAAAGAAAAUAAAACUGAUAAUGAUGACGAACUGCAUAUACAAGACAAAAACAAUAAAAGCUAUAAACUACUUUUAAGAAACAAACAGUUUAAAGAUUCAAAAUAUUGUAAACAGAAUCCAAAUAGUAGAAUGUGCAGAGAAGAAGAGUUAACAACGAAGAUUGCAUUAAGUGAGUCGGCUGAAGUUUCACGGCCACUUCCAGUAAAAGGGAAAAAAGAGAGCUUUUCAGACCAGGUCUUUUCAUUCAAAAUCAAAGAUCACCAAGUUAAUUAUGAUUUGAUAAAAAGCACUCACAAGAGACCUCAGAAAAAAAUAGAGGAAAAUGAUACGUACGAUAAAUAUGAACUUGGCCGCGAAACAAAGAACGAUGACGAUAGAAAACGGAAACUCAGAAAACAGAAAGAGAAUGGUGAUAUAAAAAUAAUGGAUGGUAAAAAUAAAUUGAAUUAUCAGGGUCAUAAUAAAAACAAGUCUGCAAAUAGUGAGGAAAUGCCGAUAAAGAGUAAGAGGAAACCUCAGAAGAAAAUAGAAGAAAACGAUAUGUAUGAUAAAUACGAGCUUGGUCGCGAAACAGAUAAUGAUAACAAAGUAAAAAGAAAACAGAAACAUAAUGAUGAUAUAAAAACUACGGAUGCUAAGAAUAAACUCAAUUAUCAAGGUCGUAACAAAGACAAGAUAGAAGAACACGAUAUGUACGAUAAAUAUGAACUUGGUCGCGACACAGAUAAUGAUAACAAAGUAAAAAGAAAACAGAAACAUAAUGAUGAUAUAAAAACUACGGAUGCUAAGAAUAAACUCAAUUAUCAAGGUCGUAACAAAGACAAGAUAGAAGAACACGAUAUGUACGAUAAAUAUGAACUUGGUCGCGAAACAGAUAAUGAUGACAAAGGAAAAAGAAAACAGAAACAUAAUGAUGAUAUAAAAACAACGGAUGCUAAGAAUAAAUUCAAUUAUCAAGGUCGUAACAAAGACAAGAUAGAAGAAAACGAUAUGUACGAUAAAUAUGAACUUGGUCGCGACACAGAUAAUGAUGACAAAGAAAAAAGAAAACAGAAACAUAAUGAUGAAAUAAAAACAACGGAUGCUAAGAAUAAAAUCAAUUAUCAAGAUCGUAACAAAGACAAGAAAGAAGAACACGACAUGUACGAUAAUUAUGAACUUGGUCGCGAAACAGAUAAUGAUAACAAAGAAAAAAGAAAACAGAAACAUAAUGAUGAAAUAAAAACAACGGAUGCUAAGAAUAAAUUCAAUUAUCAAGAUCGUUACAAAGACAAGUUUGCGAGUAAUGAUGAAAUGCCAAUAAAAAGUAGCAAAAAACCUCUGAAGAUAAUAAAAGAAAAUAUUAAACAUGACAUUAGUCGUAGUAUUGAGUCUGCUAAUAAUGAAGAAAUGCCAAUAAAAAGUAAGGAAAUAUAUGAAAACGUUGAAGAUACAACUACUAAAUCUAAAGAAACUAAGCAUGGUAAAGAUCAAAUUGAAAAGGUGCCAAUAGCAGAUUACGCAGACGACCCCCAACCAAAUUUUAAAGAAGUAAACGCAGAAUCCAUAAAAGCAGCAACAGGAAGAUUACUAGAUUCUGAAGAACCAAAAGGGAACGGCAGAACGACAAAGAAAUUUAGAUUGAAAGGUACAGUAAUACCAAAGAGGGAUUUCUAUAAAUUAAGCAGUCCGGAUUAUUACAAAGACUUGCCUAGAAUUGUAGAAAAGUACGAUUUUGAGGAGCCUAUUCCAGAGCAAGAUAGAUUAAGGGAUAAAGUGCGAUAUUUGAAGAGGGAACCGUCGAGGGUUAAUAGGAAACUUAAGUUACCGCAGUUCGAAAAAACUUGAAUUGUUUGCAAAAAAUACCUAAAGUGUAUUUCUAU